AUGAGUUUUCGCGGUGGACGUGGUGGCGGCGGCGGCGGUGGAUUCCGUGGUGGCCGUGGAGGCGGUGACAGAGGAGGAUUCCGCGGUGGACGUGGCGGAGGCGAUAGAGGAGGUUUCAGAGGAGGACGUGGAGGCGGUGGUGGUCGUGGAGGAUUCGGCGGAGGCCGAGGAGGUUACGAUCAAGGACCACCGGACGAGGUUGUUCUCGUUGGAGUCUUCUCUCAUCAGUGCCAAAAUGACAUCGUCUGCAAUAACACAAGCGGAAAAAUCCCUUAUUUCAACGCCCCAAUUUACUUCGAAAAUAAGGAACAAGUCGGAAAGAUUGAUGAAAUUUUCGGAUCACCGGGAGAGAACGUGAGACUUCUCAUUUAUUCAGAAUAACAUUUAAUUCAAUCUAUUUUUUUCAGGGAUUUUCUGUGACACUUUCGCAGGGAGUCAAAGCCGCGUCGUUCAAAGAAGGAUCUCAGUUGUACAUUGACCCCGGAAAGCUCUUGCCAGUUGAACGGUUUGUUUUUAGUGCCCGAGUGAAUAAUUUCAUUCAAAUCAGUAUUCCAGAUUCCUUUCGAAUGCUGGUGGCGGUCGUGGACGGGGCGGAGGCCGUGGACGUGGUGGAGAUCGCGGGCGUGGUGGAGACCGUGGAGGUCGUGGCGGAGGAUUCGGACGUGGUGGCGGUGGUGGCGGCUUCCGCGGAGGAUCUCGUGGUGGAUUCGGUGGCGGAGAUCGCGGAUUUGGUGGCGGCCGUGGCCGUGGAGACUUCAAGCGACCACAUGAUGGAGGUGGAUUCGGAGGAGGACAGAACAAACGAACCAAGUUUUAA